UCUUGUUUUUGAAGAAAGGUUGACCUAUGCAAAGUAAAAACGGAAGGUGCCAGACGGCCCAGGAAGGAAGUCAUCGCCAACUUAAGGAAGCUACAACGAUCAUGACUGGAAGGAACUCCAGCUCAACGCCAGACUUGAACCAGGGAGGGGGACGAAGGGCCUGUAUAUAUCACGCGCCUCCCCUGUCCCUUGCCUGCCCGGUUUCUUUUCCUUUCCUCUCGGAAUCAGUCGCUUUUCCAUAUCUUUGGCAUUUUCUGGUCUUUUCCCUUACUCCUCUCGGAUGCACAUCAUCUUCAUCUUGACACUAGGUAUUCAAUGUCGCGUAUCUGCCAUCGUUCAUCGGAAAAUAUCUGCACCGCCCAGGUGCAGAUGUGUUCUGAAAAGAUCACGUUGAUAAUGUGCUUGGUACGAGAUACACCGAACCAUCACGAUACUCCAUUCCGUCUUUUACCCAAAGUAAGUCCCUUAUCAAUUAUCGACAUCUCUCUACAGUCAGGCUGUGCAGCGGGACGGUAUUGUCCCUCGAAUGCGCCGCUCACUUACUCACAGGCACGUAUCGGUACGACGUACGAAGAAGGCACAGCAGUCCAGCUUACAUACCUACAGCACAGUACCUUUCUUGAUCCAGCUAUUGCUCGCACGUCGUUGUCGUUGAUUGCUUGCGCCCACGUGUUCGUAAGAUCGAGUCCAGACCGCGACCCAAAAGAUACCAAAGAGGACAAAAGUCGAAUCGUGAUCGACUCACCUAGCCCAGCCCAGCCCAGCCCGAACCGCCCCCACGAUGAUAUAACCGCCCGCGAUCCAUCGCUCGGCUCGGGUGUUGGUUCGCUUUGGAUUUCCUUGGUUCCGUGUGCGCGCGUGCUGACUGCGGACCGUAAAGUGAGGGGAAACACGUUCCUCCUUCGCCAGCAGAGGAUAUCAUAUACCCUUCCCAGAGUGGGAGAUCAUCCCAAAUCAAUCAAAUAAAUGUAUGCAUGUGUUCGAACUAACUUCGCCCGUAGGUACCGGUCCUGCAUGCUGCGAACACCUAUCUCAGGAUAGUUAGGUGGCUUGCUGGCUCGGUUGGUCAGGUAGGGUGGUAUUGGAUGGAUUUGGUGCUUGGUGGUGAUGGUGCCUGUGCCUUGCGCCUUUC